AUGUUUAUUAUUUCGGUAAGGACAGCGUUGUUAAAUGGAUGCAGACGAGCCGGAGGAGGAACUCAGUACAGUAAUGGUGCACAGUUACGACAGUGUCUGGCGAGAAGGGGUCGUAGUACCAUCGCUGCCGAAGCAGGCACUUCAUCCAUCCCAUCAGCAGCCGCAGCCAGUGUCCCCAAUGCAGCGACAAACAGGAUAGUAGGUCGCUGGUUACUUGGAUGCAGUGGGCUUGUUGUUGGUGCUGUUGUUCUUGGUGGCGUCACAAGACUAACAGAAUCAGGCCUCUCCAUGGUUGACUGGCAUCUGGUGCGAGAGAUGAAGCCCCCUCAAUCGCAGGCAGAGUGGGAGGCUGAGUUUUCAAAGUACCAGCAGUUUCCAGAAUUCAAAAUAAUGAACCACAGCAUGACUCUGCCUGAGUUUAAGUUCAUCUUCUACAUGGAGUGGGGUCAUCGUAUGUGGGGCAGGCUGGUGGGACUGGCUUACAUUCUCCCUACCGUGUACUUCUGGAAGAAAGGCUACUUCACGCGCUCCAUGAAGGGAAAAGUGUUGGGGCUUUGCGGAUUUGUGUUCUUUCAGGGCCUAUUGGGUUGGUACAUGGUCAAAAGUGGUCUGGAGGAGAAGCCAGAGUCGCAUGACAUUCCUCGCGUCAGCCAGUAUCGACUAAGUGCUCACCUUGGUUCUGCCUUGCUCCUUUACUGUGCAAGCCUGUGGACUGGCCUUACAUUACUGCUGCCCACUUACAAGUUGGUGGAAACUAAACGCCUCAUGCAGCUUCGGAGGUUCGCCAAGGGAACAGGUGGACUCGUCUUCCUCACAGCUCUUUCAGGUGCUUUUGUGGCCGGUUUGGAUGCUGGUCUAGUUUAUAACUCCUUCCCUAAGAUGGGAGAACGCUGGAUCCCUGAUGACCUGCUGGCCUUUUCUCCCACCCUCAAGAACUUCUUUGAGAAUCCAACGACGGUGCAGUUUGACCACAGGAUCUUAGCAGUCUCCUCUUUGACAGCCAUCACUGGGCUGUAUCUGUUCUCCAGAAGGAUGGUACUACCAAGAAGAGCUAAGAUAGCCAUCAGCCUACUCACCGCAAUGGCAUACGGACAGGUUGCCCUGGGAAUCAGCACUCUCUUAUUGUAUGUGCCCACACCACUGGCAGCAACUCACCAAUCUGGAUCUGUGGCGCUGCUCUCAUUGGCCAUUUGGGUUCUGGCCGAGCUUCGUAAGAUGCCCAAAUAG